AUGUCUGUAAGUCUAAAAGCGAAGGAUAAUAAGCCGGAACCUAUAGCAUAUAGCGAAGCAGCUUUAAGAAAUAAUGCGAUAGUCGUGGAAUACUGUCGUACUUCAAUGUCAGCGUUAUCAGGCUCAACUGCAGGUGUUCUUGGCUUGACCAGUCUAAAUGGAUUUGCAUUCUACAUGUUUGCUGUGGUUAUUUUAUGGGUGAUGUUUAUGAUCAAAGCAGGGCCUAACUGGCCUAAAUACUAUGUAUCAAGACAAAGUAUACUGACAAAUGGAUUCUUCGGUGGACUCUUUACCUAUGUUUUAUUUUGGACAUUUAUAUAUGGAAUGGUACAUGUCUAUUAG